AUUUUGGAGUUGCAGCACACACUGGAAGAUCUGUCAUCGCGUGUGGAAACAGUUAAAGCAGACAACCUGAAGCUCCGUCAGGAAAACCAAAUAUUAGGUCAAUACAUAGAAAAUAUGAUGGCCGCCUCGUCCGUCUUUCAAUCAUCAUCACCUCGUAUUGCAGAUCGUCGUAUUGGUGCGCUUCCUAAACUCUCAACUCACACAUCUGGCGCCGGACGAUAA